CUUUCCUCUAAUAUUUUUUCCUUUCCUUUUCUUUUCCCUCUGUUUGUUUGAAUGAGAAAAAAAAUGGGAACUUUUAAUUUGGGGUCAAGAUUUUAAUUUUUAUUCUUUGACAAUUUUGUUUUUUUUUUUAUUUUCAAUGGGAAAAGCUGAAGAAAUUGGAAGGAAAGAAACCCAACAAAGCAUAUCCAUGCAAGUUAUGAAUCUACCCAGGGAUUUACUUCAAAGGUUCAUGUCAUCAAGCAAUCAUUUUUCCCAAAAUGGUGAAACAGAGGAAGAAGAACAAGAAGAAGAGAUUGAGUUAAGUUUAGGACUUUCAUUGAAUGGUCGUUUUGGGGUUGACCCAAAAGCCAAAAAACUCACUAGAUCAUCAUCAAUACCUGAUUUUAUCAACAACACUAAUGAAUCAUCUUCUUCUCCGUCAUCUUUAUUCCCCAUGGCUUGUGGUUCACUUGUUAGAACAUGUUCUUUACCUGUUGAAACUGAAGAAGAAUGGAGGAAAAGGAAGGAGAUACAGAGUUUAAGGAGGUUGGCAGCUAAGAGGAAAAGGUCUGAGAAACAAAAGAAUUUGAAAGCUUUAAAAGAUAAGAAUAGAGAAGGUUUAGGUGAAGAGAAUUGUGAAGAAGAUAAGAAAGAAGAGGGUUGGGUUAAUGGUGGUCGUGGACCUUUAAUGGCUGCUUCACAAGGUUCAAUUGGUUCUCAAGGAAGUGGUUCUUCAGGCAUAUCUGAACUUGACAGCCAACCACCUCAAGGAACUUACAAAUGCCAACGGUCAAGAAGCCCUACGAGUGUGCAAUCUACAACACAAACCGAGCAAAAACCAAACAUCAUCAACCCCGGAAAGAUAUCAACUCAGAAAUCCGAAAAGUUAGCCGGAAUCACAGCAAAGAAUCAACAUAAUCAACCAGGAGUAGAUGAAAAAAGACUUAAGGCAAGUGUGAAGAACAUAAUGGAAGACAUGCCAUGUGUGUCAACAACAGGAGAUGGUCCUAAUGGGAAAAGAAUAGAAGGAUUUCUUUACAGAUAUAGAAAAGGUGAAGAAGUGAGAAUAGUAUGUGUUUGUCAUGGCAGUUUCCUUUCUCCGGCCGAGUUCGUCAAACAUGCUGGCGGUGGCGACGUAGAACAUCCGUUAAAGCAUAUAGUCGUUAGCCCUUCUUUCAUUUUCUAGAAUACUAAUGAAUGCCAUGAAAAUGGCUCUCAAUGAAUGAAUUUGGACUUGGGGUUUAUUGACGAUCUUAUUGAAUCAAGUUUCUCUUUUGAGGAA